GUACAGCGCCUAGCAAAGAGAAUAAAGACCUCGGCCUCCUAAGAAAUAGACCAGGCCAAAAUCCAAAGCGGAGAAAUCCUCUGUAAAGCAAAGCCCAGAAGGGAGAGUAGCAAAGGGUUAAAAUCCUUUUGAUUGACGUGGUAGCCUCCGGUGCCCCGGGCUCAGGCGCGCGCCAUUGGCCACCAGACCUUGUGCCUGGCGGCCAAUGGGGGGGCGCGGUCCACGAGCGGUGCCGCGUGUCUCCUCCUCCCAUUGGCUGAAAGUUACUGUGGGAAAGAAAGUUUGGGAAGUUUCACACGAGCCGUUCGCGUGCAGUCCCAGAUAUAUAUAGAGGCCGCCAGGGCCUGGGGAUCACACAGGAUCCAGAGCCGGUGCUGAUAACAGCGGAAUCCCCCGUCUACCUCUCUCCUUGGUCCUGGAAUAGCGCUACCAAGUAGCCAUUAAAUAUUAUAUAAUCCACUCUGAGCACUUGCAGUUGUUUUACGAAAAUCUCGAGGAAAAGGGACAUAAGCAAAAAAAAAAAAAAAAAUUGCGUGGACUCCAAAAAUAAAAUUCUCUAGGGACUGUUUUUUUUUUUAAAAAAAGGAAGGAAAAUGCCAGCUGAUAUAAUGGAGAAAAACUCCUCGUCCCCGGUGGCUGCAACCCCUGCCAGUGUCAACACGACACCGGAUAAACCAAAGACAGCGUCAGAACACAGAAAGUCAUCAAAGCCUAUCAUGGAGAAAAGACGAAGAGCAAGGAUAAAUGAAAGCCUCAGCCAGCUGAAAACACUGAUUUUGGAUGCCCUUAAAAAAGACAGCUCCCGGCAUUCCAAGCUGGAGAAGGCAGACAUUCUAGAGAUGACAGUGAAGCACCUCCGGAACCUGCAGCGGGCGCAGAUGACGGCCGCGCUGAGCACCGACCCAAGCGUGCUGGGCAAGUACCGCGCCGGCUUCAGCGAGUGCAUGAACGAGGUGACCCGCUUCCUGUCCACGUGCGAGGGCGUUAACACGGAGGUGCGCACCCGGCUGCUCGGCCACCUGGCCAACUGCAUGACCCAGAUCAACGCCAUGACCUACCCCGGGCAACCGCACCCCGCCCUGCAGGCGCCGCCGCCGCCCCCACCCGGAGCCGGAGGCCCCCAGCACGCACCCUUCGCACCACCGCCGCUUGUGCCCAUCCCCGGGGGCGCGGCGCCCCCUCCCGGCGGCGCUCCUUGCAAGCUGGGCAGCCAGGCUGGAGAGGCGGCCAAAGUAUUCGGCGGCUUCCAGGUGGUGCCGGCUCCCGACGGCCAGUUCGCCUUCCUCAUCCCCAAUGGGGCGUUUGCGCACAGCGGGCCGGUCAUCCCGGUCUACACCAGCAGCAGCGGGACCUCGGUGGGCCCCAACGCCGUAUCUCCUUCCAGCGGCCCCGCACUCACUGCGGACUCCAUGUGGAGGCCGUGGCGGAACUGAGGGGCCCUGGCCUGCGCUCCGCAUGCCCCUACCCAGCCCUUCCUCCGGACACUAAACUACAAAAUGAAUACUAGGAGAGAUGAUUUGUGAUUAAGUGGUUACUUUGUUGGUUUUUUAAUUCCUAAAAAUAAGUUACUUUUUUUGUAGAGAGCUGUAUUAAGUGACUGACCAUGCACUAUAUUUGUAUAUAUUUUAUAUGUUCAUAUUGGAUUGCGCCUUUGUAUUAUAAAAUGGAGAUGACAUUUCGUUUUUUACACGAGAUUUCUUUAUGUGAUGCCAAAGAUGUUUGAGAAAUGCUCUUAAAAUACCUUCCUUUGGGGAAGUUUAUUUGAGAAAAUAUAAUAAAAGAGUGAAGGCUUUUA